AUGGAUCAAAGUAUACAGCGUGCUCUAAAUGAUAAGCUUUAUGACAAGCGGAAAGUCGGCGCGUUAGAUCUUGAACGGGUUAUUCGUGAUCUUACUGCAGCCAAGGAGUUUGAUAGAAUCAAAAAGAUCAUUCAACAACUGUGUAACGAUUAUGCUUACGCCGUCCAUCAGCCGCAUGCCAGAAAUGGCGGUCUCAUUGGUCUGGCUGCUGCUGCUAUCGCAUUAGGACCGGACCUUGCAAGAUAUCUUGACGAAAUUGUGCCGCCAGUCCUUGCCUGCUUCACUGACCAAGAUGCUCGAGUAAGGUAUUAUGCGUGCGAAAGAGCAGACUCAGAACUCUCCGUUAAAAAUGGUGCAGAACUUCUGGAUCGUUUAAUAAAAGACAUAGUUUCCGAAUCUGCAGCCACCUACGUUUCAAUCCUACACACUUCUGAUGAUUCCACGUCUGAAUCUAAUAAAGAAGCUCUUGAGGAUUCCGAAGAUCUUCCUACAGCCUUCUCCCUGGCCCGCUUCAUACCUUUACUUAAAGAGCGGAUUUACGUGAUAAACCCGUUCACGCGUACCUUUCUUGUGGGAUGGAUAACUUUACUGGAUUCUAUUCCAGAUUUAGAACUUGUCUCAUUCCUACCUGAAUUUCUCGGAGGGCUAUUCAAGUUUUUGAGUGAUCCGAAUCGAGAUGUUCACGUGGCUACUCAAGGUGCAAUUGAGAGAUUUCUCAGCGAGAUCAAACGAAUAUCACGCAUUAAGAAAGGAAUCGAAGAAAGUCGAAAAUCACGCAGCGAUACGAAACGGAAGCGAUCUGGUUCUAUGGAUAGUGAGGGAUCAUUAGUGCAAGAUUUAGGUGGGGACGAUGACUCAAACAUGGAUUUAGAUGACAAGGACAUCAGCAGCGACGAUGAUUGGGUUCCCGGUCAAGAUGUUCACGUUAACCACAAAGCAAUUCUUGAGAUUCUUACGGCAAAUUUGGAUACUCCGUUAGAGGAGGAUAGCUUACUUGAAUCACUGAGAUGGAUCGUGGAAUUUCUCGAUAUUUGCCCUGAAGAAGUUCUUCCAUUUGCUCCAAAGAUAUUGGCUCAUUUGCUUCCGGCGAUGGCUAGUGGGGUCGAAACAAUACGGCAAGCCGCCGCCCGAGUUAACACAUCAUUAAUGGCUUAUGUUGUGUCACUAUCGGACGAGGGUACUGCAUCAGAGGUUCCAUCUUCGGCCCCAUCUAGAUUCCUCGCGAUGAAGGAGUCUACUCCAAAAGAACGAAGAGAUUCUUCUGCCACAAACCGCGGUUCCUUGUCAGGGUCUCGUGAGCUUGAUAAAAGGGAGAUAGAAGUACAAACUCCCCCGCCCCCAACCAGCAAAGCACAGACACCUCCCCCAUAUCAGGCACAUGUAGAUCUAGAUUAUGCAGCAGCGGUCAGUUCACUCACGCUGCUGUUUCUGAAUGAUCACGAAGUUACCAGAGUUGAAGCCCUAAAUUGGCUACUCAUGCUACACAGAAAGGCUCCCAAGAAACUACUUGCAUUUAAUGAUGGCAUAUUUCCUGCUCUUCUCAAAACACUCUCUGAUCCAUCUGAAGCCCUCCUCGAAACUCGAGGAAACUUGAUUAUUAGGCAAUUAUGCAUCAAUUUAAGUGCGGAACGAAUCUACCGAACACUUGCGGACUGCAUAGAAAAGGAAGAGGAUGUAGAAUUUGCUAGCAUCAUGGUCCAGAAUCUCAACAAUAAUCUCAUCACUGCACCCGAAUUAGCAGACCUUAGAAAGAGGCUUCGAAAUAUCGAGAAUAGGGACGGGCAAGCUUUCUUCGUUGCUCUUUUCAGGUCUUGGUGCUACAAUGCUGUCGCUACCUUCUCACUGUGUCUUUUAGGACAAGCUUAUGAGCAAGCAUAUAAUCUUCUACAGAUAUUUGCCGAGCUCGAAAUGACAGUCAAUAUGCUCAUUCAAAUCGAUAAACUGGUCCAAUUGCUAGAAUCUCCGGUCUUCACAUAUCUUCGACUUCAACUACUUGAACCUGAAAAAUACCCUCAUCUUUACAAAUGUCUUUACGGUCUUCUUAUGCUGCUUCCGCAAUCAUCGGCUUUUGCAGCAUUGAAGAAUAGAUUAAAUAGUGUUAGUGCGAUAGGUUAUCUGCACAUAGCACCUCGAGCCGUUCAGACGACUGCAGGGCCGUCAAAUUAUGACAGGAGUAGCAGAUUGAAAGGCAGGGAGGAAAGUGGUAUUAGGUGGGGAGAAUUACUGGAUAAGUUCAGAAUUGUACAAGAGAGGGCUAGGCGGGCAAGGAGGCCUGGUGGAGAUAUGGAUGAUGGAUUAGGCGGAUUUGAAUCGAGGAUGGAAAGUGGAGAUACUAGGGGCUUUAAAGAUUCCCCGAGAUUAUCAGGUCCGUCCCCAGUACCUAAGGAAGCGCCAAAUUCGACUCCGCCGGGGGCACAACACACGAAACCAAGGGGUGGUCUUGGUUAG